AUGGACGUGAACAGUGCUCGCGUGGAGAGGCUCCGCCGUGUCAACCGCUACAAGGCGGUGCAAGCGGAACUUGCCCUUCAGCGGGAAGAGGAGGAGAUCCGGGCAAGUCGGGAAAGAAAGAUGAACGCCGCUGCUCGCGACGAGGCGCUUGCAAAGCAGCUAGCAGAGGAGCAGCGUCUCGAAUUACUGGACACCAAAAUGCUUCAACUUGUUCGCGAAUUUCCGGAGCUGCGGAACUUGGAGGCGCAGCUAAAACA